AUGCCUUUAAAAAGCAUAGGCCAACUGGUCUUAACACAGAUCGAAAUUUGUCUGGCUUCAAGUGGGUCAACUUCUUCAGCUCGAAAACUUACCAUUUCUGAUAUUGUGUAUCCGAGCUCAGUAUCCAUCGUUCGCACAUUUAUAAGCUUAGAAGUGUUAAAGAUGCGUAUCGGGAACACAGUUUGCGAUUUGCUUCUCUCACCUGCCAUAUACUCACUUCGGGAUAAAGGCACAAGACGAUUCCGAGCGGCUGUUUGA